AUGAGUCUGUUGGUCAGUAUACAGCUGUGUCGAGGGGUGUUAGUCCCACUUGGGGCAUUGCGACUCGGAGCUAGACGGUACGCCUCGCAUUCGUUCCAGGGGAGUUUGAAUCUUCCCAAGACCACUUUCCCGACAAGACCGAACCUGGAGAAGGUUCUUGCGGAGCUUGUCCCACAGGCGUCUCAAGAGGUGUAUAAAGCACAGUUGCAAGAGUUUGUCGAGCAGAUCUCUCGUAUUGAGGACCCGAGUGAACGGUUCAAGUUCGCUGCUGAGCGGCUGUUCGUGCUACACGAUGGUCCGCCCUACGCGAAUGGUGAUCUGCACCUGGGGCACGCUCUCAAUAAAGUUUUGAAGGAUAUCAUUGUCAGGUACCAGUUGUUGGCACAGGGAAGGCACGUUUAUUUCAAGCCCGGGUGGGACUGCCACGGCCUCCCGAUCGAAUUAAAGGCCAUCAAGCAGAACGAUAAGGGUAAAAGAAUGUCGCCAGUGCAAAUUCGUAGCAUUGCGAGGCGGCACGCAGAGAAAACCGUAUUGAUACAGAGAGACCAAUUCACGCAAUUUGGUAUUUGCACAGACUGGGAGGAUCCGUACAUCACUAUGAACGCGCAAUUCGAGAUUAACCAACUGAAGGUGUUCUCCCAGUUGUUCCAUUUGGGGCUCAUCAAGAGGCAAAAUAAGCCAGUGUACUGGGGCACGGAGACGAGGACCGCGCUUGCUGAAAGCGAACUGGAGUAUAAGGAAGAUCAUGUGUCUCAAACAGUAUACGUGAAGUUCCCAUUGACCGCUGAUUCGCAACAGCGAUUGCUUGUACUUGCCCCAUUGAAGACCCCUAUCACGCCGAAUACUCGCAUCCAAUGCUUGAUUUGGACAAGUACACCUUGGACUCUGUUCUCCAAUCAGGCAAUAUGCUACAACGAUGGCAUGGAGUACGUCCUGGUGCACCUCUCGCAGCGUGAUGAGUACCUCAUAAUUUCCCGAGACUUGCUCGAUCAGGUAGGUAUCGCGCAAGAUUAUGAAAUACUCUCGGAAUUCACUGGUGCAUGUCUUUCCAACUUGAAAUACACGAACCCUAUGUGCUUGGGUGGUACGACAGAAUUCCCACUUUUGCCCGGUGGUCAUGUUACGAAUGUUACGGGUACCGGGUUGGUACAUACAGCACCGGGUCACGGUAACGAGGACUACAUGGUAGGUAUCCAAAAUAAUCUUCAGAUAUACUCACCUAUAGACCAUGAGGGCAACUACGAUCUGAAUGAGGUUUCGCCUGAACUCCGCCCCAUUUUACAAGAUCCUAACGACCCUCAGAAGGGUAGAAACGUCUUAUUGUCCUCCACGACCACCCAUAUUAUUGAGUUCCUUGAAGGGCAGGGUAUGCUUUUUCAGCAAAAGUCGUAUACACAUUCGUAUCCUUACGACUGGAGAUCGAAAAAACCGGUCAUCAUAAGAUCAACUCCGCAAUGGUUUACCAAUUUGACAGAUAUCAAGCAAUUAGCAUUGUCUAGUCUACAUAACGUGGAGUACACACCAUUAAGAGGCCACAACCGGCUGGAGGCCUUCAUUAAAACCAGAAACGAGUGGUGCAUCUCAAGGCAACGGUCGUGGGGUGUCCCCAUCCCAUUUUUCCAGCACAAGACGGUACCAGAUAAAGUAUUGAUGGACUCUAACUUGAUAGACCACGUAAUAUCAGUGAUAGAGAGAGACGGGAUUGAUUCCUGGUUUGAGAGCGAGGAGGAUAUUUCAAAAUGGUUCCCCGAUGAAUACAAGUCCGUUGCCCAUGAGUACGUGAAGGGGAAGGACACUAUGGAUGUAUGGUUUGAUUCAGGCAGUUCGUGGACCGUUUUAAGAGACUUUUAUCGAGAUGUAUUGAAACUGGACAAAUGUCCGGAGCAGCUGGCUAACGUUUAUUUGGAGGGCUCAGAUCAACAUAGGGGUUGGUUCCAAAGUUCUUUGUUGACGAGAGUAGCCUCAAGUGGGACGCCUUUUGCUCCCUUCCACCAUUUAAUAACGCACGGUUUCAUACUCGAUUCCAAAGGUAUAAAGAUGUCUAAAUCCAUCGGCAAUGUCAUUUCACCAAAAGAUGUGAUUCGGGGCAACACAAAAGUGGAACUCCCCGCAGUGGGUGUUGACGGGUUGCGCUACUUCGUAGCCCAAUCCGAUUUCACAAACGAUAUCACAUGCGGUUCGACGGUAAUGCACAGAAUCAACGAUUCUUUGAAGAAGCUGCGACUAACUUUCAAAUUUCUGUUGGGUAACUUGAACACCAGUCAGCGCCCAAUUCUACUCCCCAUCGAGCAAUUGCGGCCUGUGGAUAAGUACAUCCUGUUCACGUUACAGGACCUGGUUUCGAAUGCGAAGCAGAACUACGAAACUUUCAAUUUCGGAAAAGUGCUUGGUGCGCUGCAGUUUCACCUUAACAACGAGUUAUCGUCGCUGUAUUUUGAUAUCUGCAAAGACUCAUUGUACUGUGACCCAGAGGCGUCGCUAAAGAGACGACAGAUCCAUACAACGCUAUUCCACAUUUUGAAUACCUACAGGGCCCUAUUGGCGCCGAUACUGCCAAUGUUGGUGCAAGAAGUAUGGAAUAAUGUGCCCUGCGAUUGGCUCGAUCAUUCCAACAUGGCGGGCAUCUCGCCGAUGCGACUUCUCCUCCCUGAUUUCUCCCGUGCAUUGGAAGAGUCUCGAGAGGAAUGCAACAGGUUCCGAUCAAUAGAUAUGCAGAUCUUGGCUGUCUUCAAGGAGCAGUUUAAAGAUUUUGCACCGGAUAUCACGAAACCUGGGCAACUUUCAGUCGACGUGUACAUCAGAAAGAGAGAUAACAUUCAAAUAAACGCACAAGAGUUGGAGGACUUGCUCCAAGUGGCCGCCGUGAGCAUCCACGCUGUGGAGGACCUCGGCGCAGAGCACGGCAACGCCGUGCAUAUACCUGGCAGCGACAGCGUAGUAGCCGUCCAAGCGCACAAGAGCACUCUGCACCAGUGCCCCAGAUGCUGGAAAUACAACGCAACAGCGCAGCAAAAACUGUGCCACAGGUGCACGGACACCUGCAACCCAGUAUCCACCGAUGUAUAUAACCGCGUGUAG